AUGUCUUCUUCUUCUUGUUCUUCAUUCCCUGAUGUGUAUGCCUGGUUUCUAAAGCUUCCACCCAUAACUCAAUGGCAAUCUGAUUCUUCCAUGUCUAUACUACUUAACCAACCAUACCUUAACCUUAAAGUUACGAAAAACGGGUCAUCUUCUAUUUGCUUCUCCAUUGUUGUCGCCAACUUCAGCAUUCCCAUCUCUCUUUGGACUUCAAAACCAAUCAAACUACCCACCGAUCUUAUCAUGUCCACCAGAUUGGUAAAUGAUGAGAUUAUGUUCCCUCUUUUAACCAAUAUAAUACAAGAUGAGCUCAAAUAUUGCCCCGACUCAAACGAAAAUGCCUCGAGAAUAGAUCAUGAUCAUGAUCAAUUGGUUAUAAUAAACAAUUUCAAGGACAUGAUGGCCAUGAUCAUCAACAUUUCAUUUCUAACUCUCACUUUCCUCAUUUGUGUUUACGAUGCUCCUAAGGAUAUCCGCUCAGAAUGUCUUAAUAUCUUAAGAGAACAACUAGCAUGUUCGUAUUCUAGGGAAACAAUGAAGAUUUUCGUCGGAUUGUUGGGAUCUAACUUAGAGGAGAAAUGGAUACGAACGAUGAACUUAGCGAUUACUAAUUGGUUGUCUGAAAACCAAACCGAGAUCAGAACAUAUCCAUCGUCGUGUCUUUUCUCUUAUGCGCUGUCAACAUCCGCUUUAUGGAAAGUUCAAGUCUAUUGUCCUGUAAUUGACAUGGACAUAGAGAGUUCAACAUAUUAUCCUUCUACUCGGCCUCCUUCUCCACCCGAUGAAAGGUUAUGGUUCUCGUUGAACUACCAUCAACUCGAAAGUGUUAUUCAACUCAAUUACAAAGUUAUAGUUCGCGACACAUGGAUUGAUGUAAUUGUCAAUAUAGAUAACAUAAGGUAUAUAUGA